CUACACUUAGGUAAUUACACUUAGGUAAUUACACACACACACACACACACAUAUGCAGUAUAUUAUAAUAUAUUAUAUAUAUAAAUAAUAUGAGUGAGAGAGAUAUAUAGAGAGAGACAAAGACUUUUCUAUGAUUUUGAUUUCAUUUAAAUGGUAUAUAUCAUGACCAUUAAUAAUAAUAAUCCAGUAAUAAUAACAAUAGUAUUUUUAUGAUAUUAAUUAUUAUUAUUGUCAUUAUCUCCUGGAGUUAUAUUUACUAUGGAAGUGUGCUGUGUUAUAUACUGGUAUAGUAUUGGCAUGCCAUUAUGUUAAUGUAGCCAAACCAUGAAAGAUGAAUAAGAUGCCUGUGUUAUAGAGUAUAUAAAUGUUACUAAACAAAUUUGUUAAGAAUUUAUCAAAGUUGAUUGAAUAUGAUUUUCUAACUGGGGGGUUGCCUGGUUAUUGUAACAGAAGGGGGGGAGGGGGUUAGGAAGAAAACGAAAAAUUGGAAUUAGUGGAUGAAAGGAGGACCAGUUAGGGAGGGAGACGUUAAGAGAUGACAGAGGCAGGUGGGAGGGAGAGGGGAGUUAAGAUAUUUAGUGGAAAUGUAAAGUUUGAGAAAGAUUUUGGGAUAAAAAGAACGGAAUAUAAGAUUGUAUUAGGGAUGUAAUGAAAGGAUUAGUAGGAAAGAGAAAGAGAAGAGGGUUGAGUUGUCACCAUCCAUAUAACAUAUAUAUAUAUAGACAAGAAAUGGAACUUGUCUCUUAAACCACAGUUAUCACACUGAUGAUAACUUUUAAUAACAUUUGAACAUUAAUAGAAAAUAUUGCCUCAAAGUUCUUGGAUAAUAUUCAUAGACUUUUAAAACUUGGAAAUUGCCAUUUAUUUUUGCAGUCAUUUUUUAAUACUACUUUACAUGUCCUCUUAACAUUGAUUAAAUUCUACAAAGGAGUAGUCACUGAACCAAAAGUCGAGAACUCAAUACGGCUGACUGCCCCUCGAGUUUCACAAAACAUAAUCAUGGAACACAGAGUACAUCACCUCACAGAUACUCAUCAGGUUCAAUAUCCCAAUCGGAUGAACUUCAUAGGCUACAACAAGUUGUACGGUUUGAAGACUUGGCUCACACUGUGUCCACAUAAUCUCCUCUCCGGUCAGAGGACUCACACUGUCCUAGCUCCUUACUCUGUGUUCUUGCUCCAUUUUCUAACCCCCUCACUCAACUUUUCCCAUCGUUUAUACCCCCUGGAUCCCCUUUGUUACCGUUCGAUUAUCAGACGAAGCCCGUAACUUCUCGAAAAGGGAUCAACUCGCCAACCUUUGAUAACUGUCUAAGGUUGAGGUUAUGUAAUCUUACUUCACCUGCCUGGGGCAGUCUUGUGGAUUAAGCACCCUACAAGUCUCCACUCAGGCCACCUUCACAACUGUUACAUUAUUGACAAUUUUCUAUCUUCUGCUGGGAAUGUUUGUAUAUGAAUGCUUGUACAGUAUUGUAGUUGAUAUACAGUAGAACCUCGGUUUACGAAUUUAAUGCAUUUCAAGAAUUGCAACAUAACCUGAAUAUUCACACACACAAUCAAAUUUUCACAUAAGAAAUACUGUAAAUUUAAUUAAUGCAGUCCACAUACCCAAAAAUAUUAACUUUACAAUAUAUUUUAUACAGAAUACUAGCUGCACUUUACCUUUAUUGAGGAUUCUUGUUGGCAUAUGCAAGAUGGGGAGGUGUUAGUGUUUGGAAGGUGAGUCCCCAUCUAUUAUAACAUCACACAUUGAUAAAAUUUCUGGGGUACACUCUCCUACGUUUUGUAGGCAUACUACUAGGACCUGGUUGUGGUUUGCUGGUUGUUUGUCUCUAAGAAUCUGUCUAAAGACUCUUGGUUUUGCCUACGUUUUAACAAUUGUCUAGGGAGAUAUGACAUUGUCAUUAAAAAUGUUAACACAACGGCCUACUACAGCUUUAUCUGGGCGAGUCUUUUCAGCAAAACAUUGCCGUUCUUCCCAUACUUGACACAUUUUCAUAGUCAGAUCAACCAUGCGCAUACCAUCUUCAUGUUUCCGAGUGAUCUUUUUUCUUCUAUAAUCAUCCUCACAACUAUUUUCUUAGGUUGAACUUUACCACUGACUUUCUUGGGAUCCAAGAUGAGAACUCUUAUAUAAUAAGAACUUUUAUGCUAAACAACAACAAAAAGUUAAAAAACAAUGAAAUUGUUCACAGAAAAUUCAAGCACAGUUAUCAUUACGUGGGAUACAAGCGUAAACUGAUCUUAAUGACUCAGACAAGUAUCAGGUAUGAACAAGUAGUUCAUACUCUGAAGCAAAUGAUACACACCAGGGCAUAUUUUCUAACAACAAUUUUGUCGUACUCCUGAAAAUUCAUAUUCAGGUACAAUCAAACACCGAGGUUCCACUGUAUCUGAUUGGAGGGAUAUAACUAUUAAAGUACAAGUUGGCACAUAGAAUGCACAAAAUUUUAAUGUAUGUUAAUAAUUAAAGUUUUCAGUGCAAGACAACUGUACCUGCAUGCAAAAGUUCUUGCUUUCUUCACUUCCGUUUCCCAAGACUUUUCACCUAAGGUUUGCCAUCUUUAGCAACCUUCCAAUAUUCUAAGAUAUGCCCGUGCUUGCCAGCUACACUUACCAUCACCCUGUCACAUAUACCAAUACCUUCUUAUGCUUGCUGUCUCUCUCUCUUGCAACCAAGCUGAAACUCUCUAACUGUCUAGACUAUUGUCCUUGACUGUGGCUCCAUCACUGGUGCAGAGUAGACAUUGCCUUUAUAAAUUGUAUUAUUAAGAGACUCUGCUUAUUUUAUUAACAAGUUUAUUAUUCAUAUUGAGGCAGUUGUAUAGUGUUCCAUUUAUACAAAUAUUCAUGUAUCAAAUUGUUGAAUGGGCUUUUGCAUUUCAAAUAUUUGUGAUUUUUAUUUACACUUACAAAUGUCUACCAAUAAGUGUCUUCAAUUAUUUAUUAACUGUUCAUAACCAAAUUGUUAAUGUACUUGCAGGUUUAUAGUAUACACCAUAAAGUAAUGUUGUAAGGUGACUGCACGACACUGACUCCAACACACCACUGUGUACCCUUAAGUAAUGUUGUAAAGUGGCCUACAUACUACUGCCACAUUAACAUUGGUAUCUGAGUGUGUUGAUGUACGUAUAUACAGGGUAGUAGUACUCUUUAGUGGGGAAACCACAUCAUUUUUAUUCAUCAAAAUAAUCAUGUUAAGCUCACCGUGAAAUAUAUCUAUAUGGUAUGGUAAUAUAAUUCAUGAAAGAAAAUGCACAAGUAAUUUUCAUGACAGAUCCAUGAAAUGGUUUGUCCCUAUAAAAAUAAAUCAUUUAUAGUAAAUUGCUGUAUUUCCUUAACACAUUUUGUUUGUUUUGCAUGGUUGUGUUUAUUGGUCUUAUUAGUAAGUAAACUUUUAUGUCUGCCUGUGUAUACUGCAUGACCUUUCAUGCACUUAGUUAGACCAGGCUUGGGCUGAACAAUGCCUCGCUUGUGCUGAGCAAGACCUGGAUGGUGCUGAACAAGACCUGGACGGUGCUGAACCAGACCUGGACGGUGCUGAACAUGACCUGGCAUGUGCUGAACAUGACCUUACACAUGCUGGACAUGACCUUACACAUGCUGGACAUGACCUUACACAUGCUGAACAUGACCUUACACAUGCUGGACAUGACCUUACAUGUGCUGGACAUGACCUUAUAUGUGCUUGACAUUACACGUGUUGAACAAGACAUUACACGUGUUGAACAAGACAUUACACGUGUUGAACAAGACAUUACACGUGUUGAACAAGACAUUACACGUGUUGAACAAGACCUUACACGUGUUGAACAUGACCUUACACGUGUUGAACAAGACAUUACACGUGUUGAACAAGACCUUACACGUGUUGAACAUGACCUUACACGUGUUGAACAAGACAUUACACGUGUUGAACAAGACCUUACACGUGUUGAACAUGACCUUACACGUGUUGAACAAGACAUCACACAUGUUGAACAAGACAUUACACGUGUUGAACAAGACAUUACACGUGUUGAACAAGACAUUACACGUGUUGAACAUGACAUUACACGUGCUGAACAAGACAUUACAUGUGCUGAACAAGACAUUACACGUGCUGAACAAGACAUUACACGUGCUGAACAAGACAUUACACGUGCUGAACAAGAUAUUUCACGAGCUGAACAAGAUAUUACAUGUGCUGAACAACACAUUACACGUCCUGAACAAGACAUUACAAGUGCUGAACAUGACAUUACACGUGCUGAACAAGACAUUACAAGUGCUGAACAUGACAUUACAUGUGUUGAACAAGACAUUACACGUGCUGAACAAGACAUUACACGUGCUGAACAAGACAUUACACGUAUUGAACAAGACAUUACAAGUGCUGAACAAGACAUUACACGUGCUGAACAAGACAUUACACGUGCUGAACAAGACAUUACAUGUAUUGAACAAGACAUUACAAGUGCUGAACAAGACAUUACACGUGCUGAACAAGACAUUACACGUAUUGAACAAGACAUUACAAGUGCUGAACAAGACAUUACAAGUGCUGAACAAGACAUUACACGUGCUGAACAAGACAUUACAAGUGCUGAACAAGACAUUACAAGUGCUGAACAAGACAUUACACGUGCUGAACAAGACAUUACACGUAUUGAACAAGACAUUACAAGUGCUGAACAAGACAUUACAAGUGCUGAACAUGACAUUACACGUGCUGAACAAGACAUUACACGUAUUGAACAAGACAUUACAAGUGCUGAACAAGACAUUACAAGUGCUGAACAAGACAUUACACGUGCUGAACAAGACAUUACACGUAUUGAACAAGACAUUACAAGUGCUGAACAAGAUAUUACAAGUGCUGAAUAAGACAUUACACGUGCUGAACAAGACAUUACACGUGCUGAACAAGACAUUACACGUGCUGAACAAGACAUUACACGUGCUGAACAUAUUACUCGUGGCAUACUAUGGACUGCUCAGAAUUUGCCAGCUGGCGAUAUUCUCAUACUUACUGAAAUACUGUAUAUUUGAUUUCAUAUUGUGUAUUUUUGUUAAAGAGUUUACUGUUUGUUUUGAAGUAUUCUGGUUCCUUUGCCCCUUGUAUUACAAUUUGUGAUUUUAAUAACCAUUAUAAUAGGAUAAUAUCAAUGCUUGAGGACCAUUGUCACUUAAAAUAUUUGUCAAGAUAUUAAAAAAAUAUAUUGUGACUAGUUUGCUAUGUUCCACCUUAAUGGGCUCUGUAACCUAAUGUCCAGGAUAGACAAGAAAAUACAGUACUGCAAUGUGAGACAUGAGAGGUAAUAAUAAUAGAUGCGCUAAACAAAAUGAUAAUUUAAAUAAUGAACUACACUUAGGGUGUGCUAAAUGUGAUUUGUUCUUUUAUUCCUGCUGACCAAUAUUUAUUAUUCCCGUGCUACUGCCUACUUCAUAUUAUUUACUGAGAUUAACUCUUGAAUAUUUUAUCUGAAGUCAUUAGUGAUGAACAAGACCUUUCUUUAGAUCAUUUUUUGUAUAUUUCACAAAAAAAAUUAUGAUGCUGUAGACUUAGACAUUCUUGGAAAUUGGCUACAAUGCCAAUUUGGCUACAAUGGUGACUUGCAAUUUGUUUAUUGCAACAUCCUCUAGCACUUUUUUUUAAUACUGAAAGCAAUUUGGGGGAUUAUUUCAUGACUUGAGAACAGCGUAGGGAAUGUUGCAUAUGCUCUGCGUAAAGUGGAAAUAACUUAAAUGUUUGUGUUGCAUUCAAAAGUUGAAGACAGUACGACUUUGCAUGGUAGGUUGUAGUGGACACCAUGAUUAGUACUGUUGAUGUGGUUAAACUCAUCAUAGCACCUUUUACUUGUUGGUUCAUAAUUAUAUACUUAAAGAAGUCAGAACUGUAGUAUUUUAGGUAAAGUCCAGAAACAUAGUGAGGUUUAGAAUGUGUCAUUUUUGUAUUAAAGUGGCUUUGGGAAUCAUUAUUUUUGGUAAUGGUUUAUUACAAAGUAUUUAUAAAGUUUAGUUUAGACAUUAGUAUCACAUGAAAAAUACAGCUUGGGAGAAAUUACAAUACUACGUAGUGUUAUUUGAACUGUCUCUUGUCGGCAUUGUGUCUGCCAUACAUGCGUGUAUCAGAGAACAGUCAUUCAGUACUGGAAUAUUUUGUAAUUGUUAGCUGUUGCAACUCUAAAAAACAAGUAGACAUUGUGCAACUGUUUGUAAACAAAUUACUACAUCUUAAAACUGUCAUGAUCUUUGUCAAAUUUAAUUAUUGUUACUCUAUUAUGAUUAUUGCAUGCUUUAGAAACAAAGUGGGAACAUUUCUGGCUAGAUUGUGUAUCACCUACACAUGAUUAACUUGUGGAUUCUUAAUGGAGUUUCAAAGUCAAGAAUGCUAUGGGAGCGACAUACACGUAACGGUAGUAAUUGUUCAAAUAUCAAGUCCCUGGAAGUUAUGUUUGUAGAGGAGAGUGGUUCUUGUCCUAACUGGGAACACAAUCUAAUUGUGUGGUUAUGUCAAGAUGUAAUGCUGUUACCCUUAUUGCCUAUUUAAACAUGAAAUGCUAACAAAACAAGCUGGUAUUAUGAUAUUCUACUAAGGUAUUAUCACCACUGUACAUUGCUUUAUAGUUAGCUGAGCAUAAAGUAAAAUUUUAUUUUAACAUUUGUUUCUCUUAUGUAUUUAACAGGUACAGUAAUCUUCUAUGUUGUUGGAGAAAUUGUUAAACUUCUAAUUAUUUGUAUGUAGUGAGAUAGAGCCAGCCGCUGCUACGAAUGAGGGCUGUGUUUCAGGAAUGCCUUGACUUCGUAUUUUUUAUUAGUAUUGCUUAUUACUGCAUGAUAACACCUACCUGAAUAGUAUUAUUAAACAAUAAAGAGGAACAAUAAAGUACAGUACUUAAUUGAAUAUUGUUACUAAAUACCCAUGUCAAUGUUCCCCCUUUAAAUAUAAUAUAUAAAGUAGAUUUGCAUUCCCAUAACAGAAUGAACUAUAUUUUUAAUUACUUCAUAGAGGCAUUUCUGGGUGCAGAAGGCUUGGAAAUAGUCAUUAUGCAAAAUGUAAUACAUAAAAUAUGAACCCCACAAUAAACAAACCACGCACGAUGCAGGUUUUUUUUUUAAGUAAAUUUUGCACUCAAAACCUUUAUGAAUUGAGGGGCUUCCUGUAGCAAUCUACCCUAUAAUAUCCUUUUCAUAAUAUAUUAAAUUAUAUUGCAGGAAUUCCAGUGCUUGUAAUAACAUUGCCGAGAAGAUGGGGGAGCUAAAAUUAUACUAUAUUAAAGUGAACAAUAUGGUAGCUGCAAUUAGACCAGAGAUGCCUUUACAUGACCUUAAAUGGUGGGAAUGCCACAACUUAUGAGCAUAUACUACAAGAAAAAUAGCUGAAUAAUAAAGCUUAGUGAUGCAGCACCACUGUAGGUCUGACUGUAAGAAGCAAGUUCUAAUCAAAUAUUAUAAAAGUUUUAUCAUAAAGUCAUUUAUGUUAUACUGUCCAAGUGAUUUGCUCUGUGUCUGCCAGCUGACAUCAACUCACUUAAAAAAUUAAAAUGAGUUGUUAUGCAGUCCAUAAUAUUUGUAAGGAAAAUGUGUUAGAAGGGAGUCAUCUAUGGCAGAUGUGGAGCUAUAUAGUGAUCAUUUAUGUAGGUUGUACCAUGCUGCUGCACUUUCUUAACUAACUAGUUUAUAUGUAGUUACUUAUCUGAGGACUUCAAGGAUGUUGAGAAGUACCUCUGUCCUGUUACAACGUGUCAUGUCCAAAUACCAAAAUGAACUUGGUAGUACAGUAUUUAGCUUUAUAUUUUGUACAAGGUAUUGACCUCCAAACAGAUCCGUCUUAUAAAAUAUGUUUCUGCCUUCCAUUGCAGCUUUCUUAAAUUGCUGGAACAUAACAGCAGCUUAAGGCUAAUGAUGUGAUAAAUACAUCCACUUUUCAUGUAUAUAUAGUAUCACUAAUAACUGUUUCUUUUAAAAGUUUCUUUUACUCGAGAAAAACGUUUUAUACACUUUAAAUUUUCAAAUUUUUGUUGUUCUUAAAUUGUUAACUAUUGUAUUAUUUUGUGGUAAAUCUCCUGUAGCCAUAAGUGCUUUAUGGUAUUAUUGAUUUACCAUCCAGAGUCCCAAGCUGUGCCUGGAUUUAUGUAAUGAAAUAGUAAGGAUUUGCAGACUAGUGCAUCAUGAUGAGUCGGUGAUAUGCUGAGCACUGGCCCACACACCAAAACGCAAGAACUCCAAGGUAGUGGAAUACACUUUAGUACUACCAUAGUAAUGCCUGCAAAUACCUCACAAGGAUGUUACAUCUCGUGUCACGAUGCCUCUGUUGACAGUGUAGAAGUACAAUGUUGGUAUCCUCAUUUGUACUUUUACAUAAUUUUGUACAUACAAAAGUUUAGCAAAAUAAAAGUCGUAGUCCUGUAUGAUGUAACCAAACAUAAGUCUUACUCUCAGUGUUGGUAUUAUUACUCAGAGAAGUUUGGUAAUAUUAAGCUAAUUUUAAUUUGUCUUGAUUACUAGUGUGUUAAAUAUUUUGUGGUAAAUUCAUUAAAUUUAUCAUUAAAUUUUCUAUGCUGUACUACAUUUCCUGGUACAUAUUGCUAGUUGCACUUGUCAUCUAUCAUAUUACAUUAUAUAAACGAUAUAUUCCUGUGAUAUAACCAAUAUCAUGGAAUGUCACAGACUGCCAAUCAUAUUAAACAAAAAUGGUAUUUAACUAAAAGUGAGUUGUGGUAUACUAUAGUAUAUGCAUUUUGAAUCUAUUUAAAUAUCAUUUGUAAUACAUUACUCUGAGCUAAAUAUUGCUUAAUAAGAGUAUUUUAUUUGACAAUUGCAUACAAACACCAACACAUAAUUGUGUCCAGUCAGUGUACAAGAUGUUCUGUAUCCUUUAACAUAUGUAUGUAAUGCCUUAAUACAGACAUGCAUGUGAUAUUAGAGUAACGUCAAUAAUGUUGGACCAUUAUGGGAUGACAUGUUGUGUAUAAUAGUCACACCAGCAGGUGUGAUUGACAUUAGUCUGAGAAUGAUGAUUUAUUAUAAAGGCAUGAUGGCUGUAAUACAGUACUGUACUUAAUGUUUAUUUUAACAAUUGCAAUUUAUUGGUUGCAUAUGUAAUUCAAAUAUUAUUGUACCUUACUAUAUAUUGCCAAUUACAUAAUGGCCUCCCAAAGUUAACAAUUAUCAACUUGUGGUAAUAUUAAACUUUCCUGUCAUUCUUUUUAAUGAAAAUUUGUAUUUAUAUGUUUCUCUGAGUGUAUGCCAAAUGUUUUAUACUUAUUGAUACAGUACUUAUUUUCAUUCUCCGUAGUGUAAUGGUAAGACACUCCCCUGGCGUUCCGCAAACGCUUUGUCAUGGGUUCGUAUCCUGGCCGGGGAGGAUUUACUGGGCGCAAAUCCUUAACUGUAGCCUCUGUUUAACUCAAUAGUAAAAUGGGUACCUGGUCGUAAAAACAAUUCUUCAUGGGGGGUCGUAUUCCAGGGACCUGCCCGAAACGCUACGCAUACUAAUGGCUGUACAAGAAUGUAACAACUCCUGUAUGUAACAACUCCUUAUCAUAAACCUACAGAAAAAAAUUAGUUUUUUUUUAACUGAUCUAGAUAUUUCUAAAUAAUUUACUGUAUUGUACCAAUAAUGUGUGCGAUUUUCUUCUCAUUAAACAUAAUACUGUA